AUGCAUUCGACCCUCGCGGAUUAUUUAGUGUCGGAAAAAGAGGUGUGGUGUUACCUGGACAAAAAACUUCAACGACAUGGAAACUGCUUGUCCAUUAUUGACGAUUCCAAAGUAUUCACUGUACACUAUGAUCACGGAAAAAUGGACGGGAUUGGAUAUCUGUUUGACAAUGGGCAAGUUCUUCAGGAAUAUGUCUUCUCGCAAGGAGCGUUGGAAUCCACAAGCUCCUAUAGUGUUAUAAUCGAUGUUAUUGACAUAGAUACAGGAACAAGAUUCGAAGGUCUUACUUAUGAUAGGAAGCCCUAUGGAUAUGGAGAGCUAUAUGAUGACGAUGGGAAUAAGAUUUAUGAAGGAAUUCUGAUUAACUGGAAGAAAUAUGGAUACGGAAUUAGCUAUAAUGGGAGUGGAGCUAUUGAAUACGAAGGGUACUGGUUCGAUAAUAAGUACCAUGGAGAUGGAAUCAAGUAUGCCAUCAAUGGGGAUGUGAUUGUAUCAGGGAGUUUUCUCAAUAACAUUUUUGUGACUGAUGAAUAUAGUGGAGACGGAAAAAGGUUAUGUACGUCCCUAACUCAAGUAGAACUGACUCAUCCUACGUGUCUGAAUGAGAUCAAGUUUCAAGGUUACAAUUUUGAGAGGAUUAUCAUUGCAAACAACUACUAUUGCAAAGUCGGAAAGUGUUCUAUCACAAAUAUGCCUGCUCUGUACAGUUUAGAAAUCUAUAAUUACUGUUUCACUGAAAAAUCAUCGCAACUAAUCGUUGAAAACUGCCCAAAUCUGAGCAUCAUCUAUAUCGGAGAGAACAGUUUCACAAAAUACUCUCUCAAAAUCAACAGUAAUUUUACUUGGGGUGCUGUAAUCUAG